GGAUCUCGCGGGAAGAGCGGCGGUCGUGGUGGUGGCGACGGCUGGCUUGUAGGGCUAGGUCUCUAGGCUGCGGGCGGAGCAGGGGAAUUUCUGCUCAGCCGGGCGCUUCCUCCCGGAGAAGCCAGAGUAAGCUGCGGCAGCCACAGGCCUGGGCCGCCCCCUCCUCCGCCUAGCCGGGGCUCUUCACUGUUCUCUCUCGCUCUCCGGAGAGGCUCAGUUGCAAGUGUGACAAUUCUGUGGCUCUGGAGUUUAAGAGAACUUGAAACAUCAUCCAGGAUGAUCAUGAACUUUGGAAAUUAUUUGGUAUUUGGUAAGGAACUGAAGAUUUGAAUCGAGUACAUUUUGAAAAUUUGAAACCAGAGAUGCACUAGAAUUUAGAGUUUUUCAUUUGGUUAAGAUUGCCACAAUAAUCCUUGCUGUCUCCCUAAUCUGUGAUUUUUCUUAUCUACUGGUUCUGUCCCCACUACCUACAAACAGGUAUGGUCUGAAUAUGCGUUGCUUGGCAGCUCGGGUCAACUACAAGACUUUGAUUGUCAUCUGUGCACUUUUCACAUUGGUCACAGUCCUGCUGUGGAAUAAGUGUUCCAGUGAUAAAGCUAUUCAGUUUCCAAGAAACUGGAAUAAUGGCCUGAGAGCAGAUGGAUUAGAAAAAAGAACAGCUGCCUCGGAGAGUGACAACAGUGUGAACAAUGCAGCCAGACAGCAGCCUGAAGAAGCCUCUCCACAGGAGCAGCAGAAAGCUCCCCCUGUAGUUGGAGGUUUCAACAGUCAUGGAAACAAAAUCUUAGGACUCAAAUACGAAGAAAUUGACUGUCUGAUCAAUGAUGAACAUACAAUUAAAGGAAGGCGAGAGGGAAAUGAGAUCUUCCUCCCCUUCACUUGGGUAGAGAAGUAUUUUGAAGUUUAUGGAAAGAUGGUCCAAUAUGAUGGCUAUGAUCGGUUUGAGUUCUCUCAUAGUUAUUCCAAAGUCUAUGCACAGAGAGCACCUUAUCACCCCGACGGAGUGUUCAUGUCCUUUGAAGGCUAUAAUGUGGAAGUCCGAGACAGAGUCAAGUGCAUAAGUGGUGUUGAAGGUGUACCACUAUCUACCCAGUGGGGACCUCAAGGCUAUUUCUACCCAAUCCAGAUUGCACAAUAUGGUUUAAGCCAUUACAGCAAGAAUCUAACUGAGAAGCCCCCUCACAUUGAGGUUUAUGAAACAGCAGAAGACAAGGACAAACACAGUAGGCCUAAUGAUUGGACAGUGCCAAAGGGUUGCUUCAUGACUAGCGUGGCUGAUAAGUCUAGAUUUACCAAUGUUAAGCAAUUUGUUGCUCCAGAAACCAGCGAGGGCGUCUCUCUACUGCUUGGAAACACGAAAGACUUCAUUAUUUCUUUUGACCUCAAGUUCCUGACAAAUGGGAGUGUGUCUGUGGUUUUGGAGACCACAGAGAAAAACCAGCUCUUCACAGUACAUUAUAUUUCAAAUACUCAGCUGAUUGCUUUUAAAGAAAGAGACAUUUACUAUGGCAUUGGGCCCAGAACUAGUUGGAGCACUGUCACCAGAGACCUGGUCACUGACCUGAGGAAAGGAGUGGGUCUCUCCAACACAAAAGCUGUCAAGCAGACCAAAAUAAUGCCCAAGAAAGUGGUUCGGCUAAUUGCAAAAGGGAAAGGAUUCCUGGACAACAUCACCAUCUCCACCACGGCUCACAUGGCCGCUUUCUUUGCUGCGAGCCACUGGCUGGUCACAAACCAGGAUGAGAAGGGCGGCUGGCCCAUCAUGGUGACGCGCAAGUUAGGGGAGGGCUUCCGGGCCCUGGAGCCCGGCUGGUACUCUGCCAUGGCCCAAGGACAGGCCAUCUCGACCCUGGUGAGGGCCUACCUGUUGACCAAGGACCAUGUGUUCCUUGACUCUGCUCUCCGGGCAACGGCGCCGUAUAAGUUCUUGUCCGAACAGCACGGGGUGAAAGCUGUCUUCAUGAAUAAAUAUGACUGGUAUGAAGAGUAUCCCACCACACCGAGCUCGUUUGUCCUCAACGGCUUCAUGUAUUCUUUAAUCGGCCUGUAUGACCUGAAAGAAACGGCAGGGGAGAAACUGGGCAAGGAGGCCCGGCUGCUGUACGAGCGCGGCAUGGAGUCCCUGAAAGCCAUGCUCCCCCUGUACGACACCGGCUCGGGCACCAUCUACGACCUGCGGCACUUCAUGCUGGGCAGCGCGCCCAACCUGGCCCGCUGGGACUACCACACCACUCACAUCAACCAGCUGCAGCUGCUGAGCACCAUCGACGAGGCCCCCGUCUUCAGGGAGUUUGUCAAGAGGUGGAAGAGUUACCUGAAGGGCAGCAGAGCCAAGCACAACUAAAGCUACGACCAAAUCGCGUUCCAGCCACCUGCUGUCCACGGGAACCAUCGGGCUUUUACAACAAAAUAAAGGCACAUUUUAAAAGGUUGCAUACUAAGUUUUUAUGGACUGUUUUAAAGAAGUGAUCCUUAAAAGUGAAUCCAAAAUGAUUGCAUUCCACGAAGGGGAUAUCAAGAAGAGUAAGUGACAUUUGUAGCGUGAGGGUGAAAUAAAGGCUGCUCCCUUGACCUUGCUUCCCUAGAGUCCAGGUUGAUUAGACAUGCCUUAAAAAAAUUCACACUCAGUUUGGGGAAACAUCAUUUUCUUCUUCUAGGAAAAUGAUUAAAUAGCCAUAUAGUCCAUCUGUCUAGCCCUUGCCUGAAAAGUUAGUAUGUGGCCUCUUUUAAAAUGAAAUGAUUUAUUUAUGUGUGUGUUGGAAGCAGAGGAAAGAAAAAUCAUGUGCUGGAAUGAGGUAAAUGUCUACUUCUAGACUGGAUGAAUAGUGGACUGUGUGCAUCUUUUUAAAAGAUGUUUCUUUUCUAUGGAAUAAUUUUGGGGGGAAACAUUUGUUAAAUUUGGUAUACAUGGAGAAAUAUUUUGAGCUUAUGGUUUUCUUGAAAUGUAUAAAUUAAAGACAUAAAGCCAGUUUUCUGGCUUCAACAUUACAUUCUGUAAGCACAAUUAAGAAUGAAAAUAGUUGACUGCACAAUUGCAAACUACAUUCAUUUUGUUAAAACUUGAUCUCCAAUCAGUUGAAAGUUUGAUCAUCAAUCAGUCCCCCCUGCCAUAGUGUCAGGUUCUUUUUGUCACUGUCUGGGAUUUUGUAUUUCAGAUUAUAUUUAAGAAUUCUGUUUGUUUUGGUACCGCAUUCUUCGUGAAACUUUGCCGUCGAUCUAGAUCUGUAAGGAUCUCAUUUUCUGAGCCCCUAGAGAAGCUCAACUGCAACUCAGAGUAGGCCUGAGUAGCUUCUUUUCCCUUUUUGAAUCCGUGUCCAUUGUUAUAACCAUGCCCAGCCGCAACGCAUACACGCUCUGAAGGGGGAACCGUCUAGUGUAGGCAUUAAAUUCAAGGCACAGGCUUUUUCACACUUUAAGCCAUCGAUGUCGUGUACAUUCAACGUUCUUUUCUAGUGUUAGAGGAAAUUAUUUCAGCAGUUGGACAAAAGAGAAGCUGCUUCUACAUGUAGGCAGAUUUCAUAGCCACAUAGGUAUUAUCUGAAUGGAUAAGGCCUUCAGCGCCAUUGAGCAGCUCACUGAGCCAGUGGGGGUGCAGGGAUACAGUUUGCCCCGGCCGUUGUCUUCAUCCCAUCAGUCACUGGCUGGUCUCGGCCACUCUAUGAAUGCCUUAUAGCAAUACUGUGACUUGUAGAAGUUAUAAGACCCUACAGUUCCCAAGUAAUAAGCCUGUCGAGUACCACAAUGGCUUCGUUAUUUGUACCAAAUGGUCACCAGAAACCAAAUAUGCGCCCUGUCCAUCUGCAAAAUCUCGUUACUCCUAGAUCAAGAGCGGGUUCACAUGCCGAGGAAAAGAGGCCUGUUAGCACCGAGCACAUAAAGCUGAUCGUAGAAGAAGCAGGCUAGAAGCAGUCCACGGGUUUAACCAUUAGGUUUUAAUUUUGCAGACUGAAAAUUCUGGACCCCAAGCUAUUUUUUUCAAUGCCAAAGUCCAGAAAGUCUAUAUAAACACCCCGUUUGAUUCAUUGUGGUAGCGAGGCUGUUCUAGAAAUAUGAAUGGUUUGGGCAUCUCCCUGCUGUGUUUACACACUCCAAAGGCGCUCAGAUCAGCCAGGAGGCCAGACGCGACUGUUCUGGUUCUGCUUUGGAGACAGAUAUCAGUGACCUAACAAUUGGCUCUUUCCCUCGGGAAAGAAGUGCAGUGCUUUUCAGAAAAGAAAAAUCCGAGACAAGCGGCAUUGGUGCUUCUGUGCCGUUGGUCCGACCUUGCAUUCUCUUCCGCAAGAGCAGACUGAUUUCUUUGGUUCUAAGAAGGCUCCCUGAACCUGGGGCACAUUGUCAGGAAAACUAUAGGGAGACACCGUCAGCACAUGCCCCAAAGGGUCCGGUGCUGCCCUUGUAGUUGCCUCCGCAUAGGCCCUCGGGCAGAGCUGCUCAGCUUGGCUGGGGGUGAGGCAGGGCCCCGGGGAGAUGGGGCUGGUGGCUGGUUGGAUCGGUCUUGCCUUUAAUUGACUUCGACUUGAACCUGAACCUGCUUUCCACAUUUCAUCUACAAAAUCCGAUCAUCCAAGAGCCAAGCGAUGGAGGUUCCCCUGGGCCUGGGCGUCAGGAGUUCUGUACAUAGGUUUCACCCGAGAAACAAGAUGCAUGUGAGUGUAUGCACCAGUGACACAAGCACAACUCUCCGCGCGGCAGACUUCUUUUCCCGACCAGUGUUUGGAAGCUACACUGGAAGCUGCUAUUCUCCACCUUCUUUCCUAGCCUUUCUUUUCUCAUGUUUCUUCUUCGUUGUACAUGUGGGGUUUACACCAUGUGUUAAAUAUGCAAUAAAGUGUUUACUGGAUGCCCUUCUAAAGGGUAGUCCUUUGUAAAGCUGUACAGACUUUGCAGUUUAAGCACAAUGUGCACAUGUUAGUUUUAUAUACAGCAAAACUUGAUUUUUUGCAGAUGGAAAGGUAUUAUGUUUCUAUACAAAGUAAAUGGAUCGUUUGUGCUUAAUGUAAAGCUGCUUUAUAAAAUUGUAAAAUAAAGUUUUUAUCUUGAGAGCA